UUCGUGUUCAGUGUUGUUGAUCAGUCAAAGGGAAGAUAUUCGUCAUGUCGUCCUGUCUGUUUAACGAUUCACUGUUAGAUGAAUUGUCCUGUCCGGUUUGCUUCGAGGAUUUUAAGGAACCCAAAUGUCUCCCAAAAUGUGCCCAUAAUAUUUGCAAAAGCUGCUUAGAGGACAUCGUUAAAACGAGAUCGACUAGCCGCAAAUAUGUCAACUGCCCUAUCUGCCGAGAAAAAGUUGCUAUUCCUCCUGAAGGAAUAUCUGCAAUACCAACCAAUACUAUGAUCAAACGACUGCUGGAGAAAGCCUCUGUCCCGCGAGCCGAAAAGGAAAUUAUGAGGGCUUUAGAAAGAAGCAAAGAAAAGAUGGAGACACUGCGAAACUCUUUGAAGCCUGGGCAAGGUUCUGCAGUUGAAGUUAAAGGCGAAGCCUUGAAGCGCACCAUUAAAGAAAAGGCAAGGACGAUUACAAAGUUGAUCAAGUCACAAGAAGACCUUAUGAUUUCAGAGGUAAACGAUUUUGUGAAGAAAUAUGCCGAUAGAGAUCCCGUUAAUGAAAUUAGCCAGUUGCUGAAAAGGUUAGAGCUGUCUAUGAAACAAGCAGAGGAAUUGCUCAGCGAACCAAACAACUUCAAGAAGGUUCAAUCCAAAGAGGCUAUCAUCCGGAUGCUGGAAGCAAGCUGCCAUUUUGAGGUGAAGCCCUUCAAAGGUUCCCGCGCGUUCGAUCUGGAUUUCUUUCCGAACGAGGAUCUUGAACAGCGACUGAUGAAAGAGUGGUUCGGAAAGGUGAGAAAGGAAAGCGAAGCAUGUUUAACGACAAAGCAUAAGGCUAAAAUCACUGUCUUGAAAACCAUCACAGCUGACGAUAUUGGCGAAACAUCCUUUAACCCGUACACGGUCGCGUUAUCUACCCAGAAGGGAGAAAUGGCAGUUCUUGAUGACGAGUCCAAUCGAGUCCACAUUUUAACACAAAGUGGUAAUUAUCUUCGAUCGUUUGGCGUGAAAUUUGGCGAUUUAUACGACGUUGCCUUUCUGCAUGAUCAAUAUCUUGAUGGUGUUAUUGUCGUGAAUCGCUCUCACAACCGUCUUUUGGCUUAUCGCCGCCUGAAUGGGAGGUUUUCUCCGAUGUUCUAUUCAAGUCUGUACCACAGCAUCCAUUCCCAGUUUUCCAAAGUGAACUUCUCGAGUGUCUCCACCUCAAAUGAUGGCCGUCAUCUCAUUGUUACGUCAGAAGCGCUGGAUGAGAGCUGUGUUGCGGUCAUUGAUAUCCAAUCUACCCAACAAAACAGCGAUCUUGUUUUUGGAAAAGGACAUCUUCUUUGUCCCAGAAAGGCAUUGUCCUACAAUAAAGAGUUCUUCGUUUGCGAUCGAGAUGAUGGAGUAGUCAAAGUUUUUGAUGCCAAAGGCGUGUAUCAGCGGGAAAUUGGUGAAGAUCUGGAAUGUCCUCGAGGAAUAGCGAUUGAUCACGGCACAGGAAAUAUCUUGAUUGCAGACCCAGGAACGGACUGUGUUCAUUGUUUUAAUACCUGCGAUGGCGCCUUUGUUGGAAAGAUCGUUUUGGAUGAGUCUCCUGUAAGCAUCGGAAUCAACAGUGAUGGCCAUGCAGUAGUCUGCUAUCAGGACACUUUGCCUUGUUUAAAACUCCUGUCUUACAGGUUUUGAACGCAGCGAGCUUGUUAUAGACUUGAUGGGUUUGUAAAUUGACGGAACUUAUCUGACAGAAGGACUCCAUAGAUCAGUGAUGUUACUUGUCAGUGAUCGAUAAACAAUAGACUGUGGACAAAAGUCGCCGUUGUAAUUCUGUCAUUUUCUUUUCUGGCUAUUUCAAGUUUCAAUUGUGUGGUAUUUUUUUCGGGUUUAGUUAUUUACUGCGAAGUCUUACGAGAACAAAAGGGUAACGGGGAUGGUCGAGAGACUUUUUGCAUGACAGUGAAAUCAGUGAUUUUGGUGUUUUGCGGUCAUAAAUUUUGCCAGUAUUUCUGAGUGGUGUGAAAAUUUGAGCCGAUAUUUGUGACUGAUUUGUAUUAAAUCAUUAAUUCACUCGCGUUCUUCCUUUACUUGUCUGUUUGUUUUUCUAGGAUUAAGUAAAUAAGUAGUUAGAUCUGACCAAGUUAAAUUGAAAAUAAGGUGGUAAGGGCAUAGCCUCUUCCAGGUGUUCAGUUAAUUGGGGCGCAGCGCAAAAAACGGUGGAGCGAAACAGGAAAGAGGUCUCCCCGCGCCCUGUUACUCCCCAUUUCUUCGUGCGCCAAUUUUCGCGCUGCGCCACAACUAACUGCACGCCAAGGCAAAGAGCACUGAUCUUGUAAGUGUGGAACCAUUAUUGCGUUCGACGAAGUGGAACGCAAACCUAAUUUGACCUGUGGCUUUUCAGAA